UCUCUUUAAAGAUUUGGACGCUGUCGCACCUCAACACACAAUAUUUGCGUCAAACACAUCAUCACUGCCUAUAAGGGAGAUAGCUUCAAGCACCAGUAGACAGGAUCGUUUCGGUGGUGUUCACUUCUUCAAUCCUGUGCCUAUGAUGAAGCUUGUUGAAGUAAUAAAAGCACCAAACACUAGUCAGGAAACUUUUGAUUCACUAUAUGCCUGGGGACAAGCGCUUGGAAAGACUGUCGUAUCAUGCAAAGACACACCAGGAUUUUUAGUAAACAGAUUGCUUGUUCCUUAUCUACUUGAAGCAGUGAGGCUAUAUGAAAGGGGAGAUGGUUCUAUGGAAGACAUUGAUACAGCUAUGAAAUUGGGUGCUGGAUACCCAAUGGGACCUUUUCAACUUCUAGAUUAUGUAGGACUAGAUACCUCAAAAUUUAUUAUAGCAGGCUGGCAUGAAGGAGAUCCCAACAACCCACUUUUUAAUCCCAGUCCCCUUCUUGAUCGAUUGGUGGCUGAAGGUAAACUGGGAGUAAAAACAGGAGAAGGCUUUUACAAAUAUGGUAAAAAGUGAACUUGAUUUUUCUUAAAAUGUUACUGACCAUAUGUGGUAUGCUGAUAUUCUCAGGUACAACAUCGUGUUAUCGAUAAAAAUUUCAAGCUACAAAUUUAAGAUUAUUAUUUAAAGUGCUGAUUUUUUUAAUUAUAAUAUCCAUCACAAUCAGAUUGAAAUAAUACAAAUUCUGCUUUUGUGUGCCCCUG